AGGGCGUGCGGUGCUGGCUGUGCUGAGCGCGGUACGCCUCGAUCAUCUCCCACUCGCCGCUGUCCCUCUUGAUGGGGAAGUUGACGCUCAGGACGUGGUUACACGGUUUGAUGAUCUUUAGGAUACCGCGGACGCGCUUCCUCUUCUGCUCGGGGCUCUCCCGGGUCUUCAGGCCCUCCACCAGCUUGUCCUCCACGAUUGCAGCGCCCCGGUCGAAGAAGCCCUCCACCAUGGUAAAAAAGUUUGGGUCGUCAUCCUGGUCCACGGCCUGGCUGUAGCCACGGUAGCGCAGUAGGGACGCGGUCGCGGGCAGAGCAGUAUCGGCAGCAGCGGCGGUAGACCCAGAGGCCAGGACGCAGCCCGCUCCUCGGGAUAGUAACUCCCCGAAAUACCGAUACAUGUUGGAUUUAAAGAAGUUUACCACAACGCGGAGGCAGGUCCUUCGGCUGAGCUUUGGACAGUGAGGGGAAGGCGAGCUUUUGCGGCGGGGAGCACGAACACUUCUACCGCAGCAGCGACUCCUCCUCCCUGCCACCCCUUCCUGUUAACUUACACCGCCGCAGUGGCAACGCGUUCGUCUACUGAGGGCGAACAAUAGCGAUGUUAGUUCGCCUCCAUUAAUUGUGUAUUGCAAGCAGUCGAUUCGCUCCUCAAAGCAUGCUGGGAUUGCUAGCGACGCGGACGAAACUGACGGCGCCGCUUUUCUCCUUUGUAAAGUCAGUAUUUACAGAGAGAAGUGACUCUUCUUUGAGUCAGGUCACCAUGUGUGAGGAUUUCUGGACUGGACUCGUAUUUUAAAGACAACCCGUGAAGCUGGGUGGUGAGAGUUUAGGUGAAAUGGUCAUAAAUAUGAAGUAAACACGGCGAACACGCGGCGACACGAGACCUUUAACGACAGAAACGUGAGGAGCGUCAGUGAGGUAAGCUAAUCUUUAGCUCUUACAAGACCUUUAAACGUGUUUCUGGUCGACUGUGCGAUACAUACAGUGAAAUAAAUCAAACUCUGAAGCAAAUACCAGGCCCUAAUUUGAACUUGUUUGAUGUAUUUUAUGAAUCAUGUUUUACAGUUAUUUAAAAGGCACGUCAAGUGUCUAAUUUAGAACAACUCACCUUUCCGGUUAGACAUACAAAAUAAAAGCACGAUUAAAGCACUGAUUAAAAUAUACUUUGAUGUGUAUCUUAUAAUUAUUAUUACACUAUUAUUAUUUUGUUGCGAUUUUGUGUAUGUAAUUCUUACAUGCACUAACAGGAGGGCUGUUAUUUUAAAAGAUCCUGCAGUAUGGUCCUCCUCUGACAGAAUAAGUGUAGUGGGCUGUCAGUCCUAACUUCGGUAUUUAUACAAGUAUGGAAUAUUAAUAACAUUAAGAAGCCAACAACAUAUACACUAUUGGGAAAACAAAGUUAAAGCUAAUACAUGUGACCAAUCGUAGGAACCAAUUUCUUCACUUGGUUUUACUUUUUACUGUUUGGUGAAAGCGCUGAAACAUUUCAGAGGGAAUAUGAAUAAGAGCUGUGGUCAGAUUUCAUUCGCUGAAUUCAGCGUGUGAAAAUAGUCAGUCAUUUCAUUACAUUAGGAAAGGUUGAAGAAUAAAAUGAAGAAACAAACACUCUUUCAACCCUCGAAUGCACACAUAACCAUGGUCUAAAUCUUCACACCUGAUCAUAGAGAAUUAGACAUAUGUGUUCAGACUCAUGAGAGAGGCAGGGUGUUGGUGGUGUUUAAAGUCAUGCUAAGUGACUGAAGGCAGCAGGUGGAGAGAAACUAAACCUGUAACUGAGCUGAAGGAGACCCUGUAGAGGGGAGCACGGGGAGAGACUCUGAUGUCAUCAGGAUAGACACACAGACAUACAAACAGACCGAGAAAACCUGGAGGGGUUUGUGUAUACUCCAACUGCUCCCAGAUUUAUUCAGAUUUCCUGAGAGGAGGAGAGCACACACAUGUGUCAUACAGCAGCAGGUCAAGCUCCUGGCUGAACAGUUUUCCACAUCCCUUCAGUCAAUCUUAAAUAGGCUCAGGUCCAGAGAAGUCUCUGGUGUUUCUGGAUUAUGUUUAUAUAUCUGUUCACAGACAAAAGGUUUUGGAAUUGAUGUUGAGCCCAUGCAGUGAUUUCCACUCCAGAGUCCUGUCUGUUUUCAUGGUAGUGCUGCCUGAGGGCCUGAAGAUCAGGACCAUCCAGUCAUGGUUUUGGUCCUUGUCCCUUGAGUACAGAGAUUUCUCCAGAUUCUCCAAAUCUUUUAAUUAUAUUUUGUACUGUAGAUAAUGAAAUCCACUCAGUCUUUCAAGUUUCACACUGAGGGACAUUUCUCUGAACUAUUAGCUCACACAGUCUCUCACAAAACCUCACAGAAUUGGUGAACCUCUUCCGAUCUCUUCUUCUGAGAGACUCAGACUCUCUGAAUGUCCUUUUUAUACCCAGUCAUGUGACUAACCUGUUGGAUAUUAACCUCAUAAAUUGGAGAUGUUCCUCCAGCUAUUUUAGAGAAUUACACAACUUUUAAUCUGUUUGGUUGUUUCUUGAACAAUUUUUGACAAACUGUUGCUGCAUCAAAUUUAAAAUUUACAAAUGUUUUUAAUAAAACAAAUUUUAGUUUCAACAUUUGAAAAGUUGUCUUUGUUCUAUUCUCAGUUAACUUUAUUUUGAUUUUUUUCAUUUUUUAUCCUGUUACAGUUCACUUGGAGCUGCAUCUAAGAAAAACAACUGUUGACCCCAUAACGUAACUAAGCUAAUAUUACUUGUAUUUCACUUAAAAUUUUUAACAUAGGUAAUCUAUGAACUUGAACAUUAAACAUUACAUUAAUACGAAUAACUUGUCUUUGCAUGAUGUACCAACAAACUUGGAAUUUAUUGAUAAAUGAUUUAUGUUUAAUUUUAAUGUCAAACUUUUUCUUUGCACCAUAAAAUUAAAAUGGACAAAAACAAAAUGAAUUAUCAGAGUGUUAAAACAUUAGACCAAAAAAUAGUUAAAAUAAUUUAUUAUAUUAUUACAUCAAACUAAACAUUUAUUAAUAUAAUUUACUAGUAAAAUAAUUUGUUAUUGAGUUACUGAAUUCCAGCUCCCAAAACUAAAAUCAAACUGAAUAUAAAUCAAAAAAAUGUAUUAUAAUCUUACAGCAUGAAAGUGAACAUUUAUCAAAUGAUUUGUCAUGUUGUUAUUGCAUCAAACUGAAUUUUAAUUUAACAUUUCAUAACUCGAUCAAACUGAACAUUAAUAAAGUACUGCAGUACAGUACUGCAUGAAUCAACACUUUUAGAUUAUGAAACUUUUUUUAGUCCCCAGUGGGGAAACUCAUUGGCCAUCUCAUCAACCCAUGCAAACAACACGGACAGUACACUUAUUAUACACAACAAGAAAUACAUAACACCAGAGAAUGAAUACAUUUGAUGCAUAAUUUACAGCUUGGGGUCAGUUUUAGUGAGAGUGAUAAUUAAAAAAAUCUGACUGCUGCUUCACCAGCCGGUCACUGAAAGAGCUCCUGAGUCCAUUAAAAACACUGUGUUAAAAACACUUUUUUCCAUGACUGGACAUUGCAUAUAUAUUGUCCUUUUUGAGAAUUUAUAACAGUCAGUCCUCCAGUCUUUAUCAAGUCUCCAGUCAGUUCUGCAUAGUAGCAGUCGGCUGGGUAGGAUUGACAGACUGUUGCUAUGAACUGCUGCCAUGUGAUGAUCAAUCAGAAUGCAGCACUGAACAUGCCUGUGUAAUAAAGUGUUUGUCAUGUGUCUCUAUGUGCUGUUUGGUCCACAGACCUACAGAAAGUCAUACAGACUGACUACAUCAGGAUUGGACCAACAUGUGAAACAUGCUGCAAGAUGGGCCUGACCCUCCCCCAGCAUACUUCUCUCUGAUUGGUUGAGUUCUGCUGGUUAUUGUUGCCAGCUGUGAACAGUUCUGCCUGUCUGCAUCCAUCACCAUACUGGAGCUGUGCUUUAGAAGCUGUUUCUGCACAGUCAUUGUUGUGUAAGAUCAGACAGGUUAAAAUAUCAGAGCUGAAAAAUCUCCACAGAGACUCAUCCUGACCCUUUGACUAUAAUCAACAUGAAACUCAGGCGAAAGCAUCCUCCCACCUAUCCACCUGUGGACUCUAGUCCUCUCAGCUCAACCUGGUCUCAGGUGUUUGAUUUCUGUCAGUGCUAAAGAGAUAUUGACAGUUAUCUGACUAGCAAGACCACAUGUGUGACCAGCCCAAGAUCCAUGUCUUUUUGGGAGCUCCGCCUGCCUCCUCCAGCUGGACCACGGUGUCAGGAGCUGGGACUGAGGAACAGAAACCUCCACCUGUCACCUGGAGACUCCUGGAACUCACCUGGCAGGAUGGACAUCUGAAGCCCUUGACAGGUGAUGCAAUCAGGGACCAAACAUGGAGAAAUGUUGAUGCAUUCAGUGACCAUACAGUGAGAAAAAUGAAACAGUGGGUUAAUGGAAAUUACCGUAUGUUUUUAUUAAAUGUAAUGUAAUAUUAAGUGAAAAUGUCAAUUCUUAAACCUCCUGAAUUUUCUUGUUGAGAGCUUGAAACAGAGCGGUCGGUGGAUGUACGUUCAGGGUUCUCACAGGUCUGAUCUGAACUUCAACAUGUUUUUUUAUAUGUUGAUUAUAUUUACAGACUAUGGUGGAAAUGGAGAGAGACGGUCAUUAGAGGAGGAUGGAGCUGUUCAGUCUGUGCAGAGUUCAGAAAGCAGACACUAUGAAGCCCUCAGUCAACAAUCUGACCCUUCCUCUGAGGGACAGACAAGAUCAGACGGACCUGAUCCAGGAGGACACCUUCACUGUUCAGCUUCAGUUCAUGAGUACCUGGAAAGCUGUUUCUCUGCAGAACUACAACAACCACCAAAAGCAGAAACACCAAGACCCAAACCACAAAAAACAGAGCCAGUGAGACUAGAACCACUACAACCAGUACUGCAGAAACCAGAACCUAGAGGCCUACUUGAAUCUGAACCCCAGUCUUUAUCAGCCAUCCCUCCUCUGUCCACCAGAGCUCAGUACCUGUCCACCUGGACUCUGAGUCAGGCCUUGUUUCUGAGGGGCAGGUGCUGUAACAUCCAAUCAGCAUCCACCCCUGAGAAAACCCCACCUCCUCACACCCCAUCCAAACCCACUGAAACUCCCCCCUCCGCCUCAUCCAGCACCCCCGAGCUCUUCAGUCCAGAAACUUCAUCCCCUGGGGCGUCUGCAGAGCUCUUCGGUCAACCAUGCCCCACUCCAAGAGCUGAGGAGGGGGGUGUGGUCAUCGAGGUCACUGAGGAGGGAGUUCUUUGCUCCCAGGGGGCAGGGCAACAAGUGUCCAAGAAUCCCCCAAGCCCCCCCUGCAUAUCCCCUCAGGCAAAGAAAGUCUGUAUUCCAGAGGAGCCGGGGACCAAAGUGUCUGCGGGGCCAUCAGAUAGCACCGUUGCUGCCACCAGGCCUAGAGGCCAAUUCACACUUCUGACCAAGUGUGACAGACAGGGGUCAAGGUACUCUGUGCUGGUGGCUGUGGUGCACCCAUGUUACCUGAAGGAGGUAAAGGUGAGGACAGGUGUGAGGACACUGUGCUAACAGAGGACAGAGCUUAGCUAGCAGCUCUGUGGGACCUUUUGUUCUCUACUAAAUGCUAACGUGCUGAUGUUAGGUUGUACUAAAUAUGUCUUUUUUGUCAGACAGUUUGUUCCAUUAACAGUUUAAAGUCCUGAACAAACAAACAACUUAAAACAACAUGUUUGAAAUAUGGAUUAAUAGUGCUCAUAAAAAUAAUAUAAUGGCUCUUGAUUUAGGAUCAGAAUUCUAUCUGUUAAUUUCCAACUCUGUAUUUUAGUUGACGGUUUAACAACAUUUAAGAGUGUCAGAUCAAGGUUCAUUAAGAUAACUUUAUGGUUAGGUGUGUAACUUAUAACCUGAUGAAGCCUGUCAGUUAUUAUACAGACUCUCUCUGAGUAUAUUUGAAGUAUCUGAUGUCAUGGGUCUCAGGUGAAGUCUGGACCAGCUGCAGGGACUGCUGUCCCUCUGGCGUCCAUCGUGGUAACAGACCAAUCCGGUGUGGAGAUGAAGGUGGUGCUGUGGCGGCGAGCAGCAUUCUGGGUGUUGACUGUCUCACCUGGAGACAUUCUGCUCCUCACAGGUAAAGACAUUAAAAAAAGGAGGAGGGAAAUUCUAAAAAAAGAGUUAGAUCUAUGUGUAUAUUUAUAUGUAUGCAUAUAUUUUUAUUUAAUUUUUUCUUUCUUCCAUUUAUUGAGUUUUUGCUUUGUCCUUUUGUUCUGUCGCAUUAUUCAUUUUACUUGUAUGAGUUAGUAUCUUUAUUUUCAAAUGUUAUCUGUUUCUUAUAACUCCCCAAAACAAGCACUUUAUAUAGGCAUACAUACACACACUCACACCCCCACACACACAAAAAAAGGUAAACUGUUAUCCCAGCUUGUGCCUGUCUUGCCUCAUCUCCCACAUCUGUUUCUUAGUUUUUUGUCCCUCACCUGUCAUGUUCUGUUUUGCAUCACUUAAUCAAAAAAAAAAAAAAAAAAAGGUAAAGACGUAAAGUGUUAUGUGAUGAAUACGACUAAUACACAUCUGGAUUGUGGAAAGGUGUUCUUGAUAGAGUGCUUUCCUGUCAGGUCUACAGGUGAAUGAAGACAGGUGGAGGGGAGAGACGAUCCUGCAGUCCACCUACAGCAGCAAACUGCUCAACCUGGGACCAGCCACCCUCUCAACCCCUCCACCAGGUACCCACUCAACCUCCAACCAAUCACAACCAUCAAAAACACAUCUUCAAACCAAUAAGCUAGAGGAACCAAUAUAACAUCCAACCAAUCACAACCAGGUACCAUUAUAACAUCCAACUAAUCAGUUGGAGUUACUGACACAACAAGACAACCAAAUACCAUCUUAAAUACACAACCUCCAAAUAGUUUAAAGGGGUCGAGAGUGCUGUAAGUUACAAAAAAAAGAAACCCAUAAGAAAUUUAAAAUAUAAUGUUAGUCCUUAGUUCUGUUCUUCAACAAAUAUCUCCUUCCCUGAUCUCUCUCUCUCUCUCUCUCUCUCUCUCUCCCCAGCCUCUCAGCUGAUUGAUGCUCAUUCGCUAAGUUCUCUGUAUGGCUUCCUCAGAGAGCGGCGCCCCCUGCUGGUGUCUUUGAACUGCCGCCCACCUCAGGACUUCAACCGCCUCCCCUAUGCCGCCCUAAAGUCUCUGAGGGUCAACACACUGGUUCAUGCCCUGCUGCGUAUAACACUAACACAUCUGAGCACAGGUGGGUAGUUCAAAUAAAGAGUCAGGUGUAUGCAGCCCCCCCCCCCCCCAAAAGUGUCCCUGUGGGACCACUUGUAUGGACACCUCACUUCUCUAUCUUUGUCUGUGGGUUUUCUUGUGUCUCGUGCUAGAGGGCACAGCUCCCAACUCCUGUACAACAGACACAGGCUUUCUCAUUCCCAUGUCACAUACUUUUAUUCAGAUAUCUUCGUUUCAGCUCACAGAUGCUCUCCCUUCUUUUACUAAUUUUGGGGCUGAAUUUCAUUUUGCGCCCAUGUUAGUCUGUUCUCUGCCCAAUUCACCGGUAGUGUCAACAAGUUCAACAUUCAAAAACUAAAUUUAAACAUCAUCACCUUAAUAGUCUCCUCACCUGAUUAUGCUAGAAUUUAAACAGACGGAUGAAUGUUCUUUGAUUUGUGCGUUUGUCAGCGUGGAGCAGUGGGGCAGAGUCUCGCUGCAGAGCUGCCCUUCAGACGAAGGUUGUUCUGACUGUGGAGCAACCAGGAGGCCACCAGGGGGCGCUGCUACUUUGGGGAGCAGCUGUGGACUGGCUGCCUCUCAUCAACAGAGACAGAGGUAUACACACACACACACACACACACACACACACACACACACACACACACACACACACACACACACUAUGGCACCACUUGGUCUCCAAGGGGUUUACUUAAAUGAAGGAUGAUAUGAAAAGGAACAGAAACAAACAAUAAUAUUUAGACAAGUAAAAUGAUGAAAAAAAAUUAAUAUUAAGUACAAAUUCGAAUUCUAAAAUAAAUAUGAGUAUGUGUAUAGAAAAAAAUAGCUAUAGAAUAUCACAAUACAUAAACAAAAAGUAAAGGUAGGAAGAACAAAAUGAGCAUUGAAAAAGAAUAUAUUAUAGUUAUGAUUUUAAUAUUUAAAAGUGAAUGAAAAACUUGAUCAAACAAAAAAUGGAUUUAAAAAAAAAAUAUGACAAAAAAUGUACCAAAUGUUAGAAAUAUAACAAAACAAAUAAAAUAAUUAGAUUAAUCAAUAUAUUUGUAGUAAACUAAGUAAUAAAAUUAUUUAACAGUAUAGUCUGAAAUAAGAAAAACCUGAAAAUAAAAUAUUAAGAAUGUAUUAUAAAAUUACAGUAGUUAAAUAUGUAAAUAACAAAAAUAAAACAACUUAAAUAUGAAAACGACCGAAGACAAAUUAAUGGUAUGAUAAAAAUUUUACUAUAUGAACAUUUUAAAUAAGUCUAUUUUUAUAACAUAUGAUUAUGAAUUAUGGAAUAUGUCAUGGGAAUGUCAAAAUGGAAUACACUUUUAAAAAAUCUCAAUGAUAAAAAAAAGCAUUUUGAUUUUUAAAACAAUUGAAAUUCCAUAAUCAGUCAAUAAAUUUUUAUUCAUAUAUCAAGUCACAUCGGAGAGGUAGAACUUCCUUUAACAAGAGAAAACCUGGAACAGAACCAGACUCAUGUUAGACAGUCAGCUUUUGUGACUGCACUGGGAUUUUAGAGAAAAAAAGGGAGAUGAAGAAAGAGAGAGAUGGAUGGAGACAAAUGACACUAGUACAUACAGAUGUAUGGUUAUAAUGACAUAGAUAAUGAAACAAGUGUGAAGACUAAUUACAGGAGCAGCAUAAUAAUGAUAAUAGAAUGAUCUCAGUUUGUGUAAAGGUCUAUAGUCAUAGAUGAGCUGUGAUAGCUUUUGUAUUAAUGAAAAGGAGGUAAGUAGUGGAACAAUAUCAAUUGAAGAACAAUUGAAGCAGAAAGAGUUAGAAAGUUCUAAUAUUAACAUUAAAUUAUAACAGUGAUCAAAAUGAAGAGACUGAUGCUCAUACAUAAACAUUAGCUUUAUAACAGUGAUAAAAAUGAUGCUUGGAGGACUUGAAGCAGAUGGAAACUGUGGUGCUGGAUGCUAUACUAAUGCCGUCUACUGCAGUGAUAUAAUUAGAAAAUGUUUCUGAGGUGUUUGCGGUCAAGAGCAAUAACUGAUUCAAACAUCAUACAAAGACAAUAACUGAAUUGUAAAGAUACAGCUGGUGUGUUGCUCUGAAGAAAGAACCCUGUGCAUGUGUCUUAGACAUCAUCUGGGAUGUCCGUUUUCUCCUGGUGAAGGAGGGUUUGACUUCUGAUGUUUUGGAGCUGCACUCCACCCCCUGGAGCACCCUGAAGCCUCUGGACCCCUCCAGUCCCCUGGCCAGGGACUUCCUAAGACCACCACCUGUUCAACUAGGAGACAGCAGCAUAGAGCUGGAUGUGGACACACUGCUGUCCCAGAAAUAUAGCGGUGAGUUAGAGCAUGUACACUAUCAGAUCACCCACCAGCUCAGCUCAGAAACAUCACCUGGUGCAGGUGAUGAGAGCUGUCUUCGACUCAAGUGGUUUAUGUAAGGGGUUGAGUCUGAGCUCAGAAUAAAAUAAAACUUUUUAUGAUAAAAGCUUCAGCGUACUGUCUGACCUUAAGUCAUCUGCAAAUAUCCUGCUGACAUUGAGCCCUGUCUGUUUUAGAGCAGUGAGCUGAGUUAGAUGUCUGUAAUUAUGGCUGACUGUAUGCAGGAGUAUAGUCUGUUAGUUACCUGCUAAAGACAUUGUGCCAUUAAAGAUGAUCCAGUGUGGAUGAACUCUGCGUUUGUGUGUCACUGUUCCGAGCUCUGAGGACACUCAGGGUCAGAGCUCAACAGUUGAAACCACAUGUUUAACACCAGCACUGAUCAAUUCUUUGCACCGCCAGCAGCAUCCACUCUCUCUCACUGUGUUCCUGAGUUGCUAUAGUAACAGGCCCUGUCACUGAAGCUGUCUGAAGCUGGUGUCUUUAUGGAAAGGAUGGUGUGGUCUUUGUGGUGUCACAGAUGUCAAUCACAGCAUUACUUUAACAAAGUACAAUCAUUAAAAUUACCUGAGAUGGUAAGACUAAGGCCAUCCAAGGUCAAAUGUCAUUGGUUACCUUACAUUUAAUGGAGGUGGGUUACCCUGUGUUUUCUUUUUUUUCUUUUUUUUUUGCCUGGGACCUAAACACGAAAGAGAAACCUUACACUAAUUAGAGUUACUGUACCUUUCAAAGACCCUCAACAGGUAAACAAAGACCUGUUCUUUCCUCCACCAGGUGAGGUCCAGCUCAGAGUCCAGGUUGUCGCAUUAACAUUCCAGCACUCACCACUUUCCCAGAAUGCACCUCAGACUGAACUGGACAGUUCUACAUCACUGGAAGGUAUCUUGGAGGUGCUGAGCAGUGACAUCACCUAUACAGGCUGCGGUCGCUGCUCUACUGAGCUCGACACUGAUGCUAACGGGAUAUACAGCCCCUGUUACCCCUGCCUACCCUACACAGCUGUACGGCGGUACUACAGGUACAUCUGAGGACCUCAGAGUGAGUCCUUCCUGAUCCUCAAAGGGUCAGGAAGGACGCAUUUUCAACAUUUUCAACGCUUAAUACAAGAACUGUUAUUUGAUUUCUUCAAACAACUACAAUAUUUAUUGUGCAAAGCUUAUUAAGCUCCAGAGUACCAUGGGGGCUCUCCUGAAUGGCCUUGCCCCAGGCACAGGCAAACCUGUCAUCAGGACUAAUAAGAGCAAUAUCAAAGUUAGCUAAUGUUGGCAGAAGUGUAGCUUAUACAGUGUAAAGUAAAAUAACAAAUGUCCGAAUAAGGGGGAAAGAGACAUUAUUAAAUACUCUCCAUAUGUGAUCACUGACAACCGGCCCUGUGUGUGUGUGUGUGUUUCAGGCCAGGUGUGCUGACAGUUUGUGGGCGUGGGACAAGACAGGUGUGUGUUCAGGUUCUUCCUGUUCCUCUGCAGAAGAUCCUGGAAGCUCCACCUGAUAAACUCCAUCAUAGCUCAGGUGAGACAAGGCUAACAGCUGAUCCCAGAUGAGACACUGUCUCUGGGAAGACAUCCGUUUGUAUUCUAGACAGACUGACCUCAGCUGAAGUGUGGAUUGAAAAUACUAUACAGGUGUAAGUUUGAUCAGAGCACACUGACUCACUGAUGCCACCUGCAGGAGAAUAUAUAUAUAUAUUUCACUUUUACCUAUCUGUCACUCUGGGGAGUUCACAGCAUUUAAAGCUUAUCUCUCUCUGUGAAAACAGGAGUUAUUUCAUCCAUGCACAGUUUACUUAUACAUCCUGGUAUGUUAACGUUAUUGUGAAACCCAUAGUUUAUUUCUCUCAUUAAAUUCACAUGUUUAUGUGUCUUUCUGAGAGGCCAGAGAAAAGCCCAAUGAUUGAAUGAUCUAUGAUCUAUAAUGAGUUCAGUUAGAGUUUGGAGGAGCUGUUGAUAAAUGUGAACCUCUCAAAUAUGAUCAUUAUUAAUCAGUCCUGAUUAAAUCAAUGCAUCACUAAACAAACUGUGACAAUAAAAGAAAAUUUCCUACUGACAAGCUGUACUGAGGUUUGAGACACCAACAUGAAGGCCUCUUGGAUGAAACUUUCACUUUCAGUUAACUGAUGACCCACUAAUUUUAAAAUGAUGAAUAGUUUCAUUAAUAUGUGAGCCUAAGUUUUAACAGGUAAAUAUUCAUGAAGGUUCUUUCUCACUCAUCCAUUUUCCAGCUCCAAGCUCAGGGAUAAAACACAUCCAAGUGGCAGCAGAGAAGAUCCAGACCCUCCUCUCCAAAAAGACCUUCAUCAUCACCAUACGCAGCAACUUCCUGUGUGAUGAAAACAGUAUCCCUAUUAGCCAGAACUUCACUCUGGUGGACCUUCGUCCCCCCUGACAGACUGUAGAGGAGACACUUCUUGAUCUCCUUUAGUCCUACAGACAGCAGCCAGACCUCUAUUAUGUCUUGCAGGCUGAACGUAGACCUCCAUCAUGCCCUGCAGACUGCAAAGUGGAUGCUUCUGGACCUCCAUCAUAUUCUACAGACUGCAGGUGGACCCAUGAUGUGUCCUGCAGACUGAAGGUGAACCUCCAUCAUAUCCUAGACAGCAAGUGGACCUCUGUUAUGUCCUACAGUAGUAAACAUCAACUGGCAGCCCUCAGGCCAGAUGUGGCCCCCAACAGCUCUCCAUCUGUCCAUCAGCAUAUUUAAAGAAAAUAUGUGGAAGCAAUUAGGAUUUUUUAGACCUCAAUAAAACAUUUUCAUUAACCCUUAAACAACUGAGACUGAAUUAAUCUUAUUAGGAAUGACUCAACCUUAGAUCCACUUUAGAGAAAUCCAUCUGUCAGCUUUUGUUAGCAAAUGAUCAAUGAGGAGUGUGAGCUACUGCUACAGCUAAUCUCCGCUUGCUGUGCUAGCUCGGCGCUGAACAGUAUUGCUAGCACUGAAAUAAAUCCUGCUCUGCAUGAAGGAAAUGCUGCUUGGGUUAGACAGCUUGGUAGUGGUAGGCUGCAGUGAGGAGAAAGCAGUGAGCAGUAUUGUUAUAUAUCGAGACAAGGAAACCUCCCAUCUCCAAGCCUUCUGACCAAAGAAAGAACUAAAUUUCACAAAAUUUCAGCAAAAACACAGACAUUUUAUUAUGAGUGAGAACUCUGCUGUGCCUCUCUGGGCGUAUAGGACAAAGAAAAGCAGGCUGUCAGCUCUUUAAGCCCCUUUUUACCCUCUCACGAUUCAUGAAUAAGAAAGUCCCCUGAAUAUCAGCAAAGUACUUCUUAACCUUUAGACCAGGUUUUGUUGGUCUGAGGCGCAGACACACAGUGCUUUCUGCAGGUAGUAAUGCGGCUUCGCACACGACCACCACAUCCAUGGGGGCUAACAUGGAUGCAAGUUCACCUGCUAUUUACAUUGGGUGUGGAACUGAUGAGUGUGUCAGGUGAAAAAUGACACUUUCACUGCACACCAAACACUUAGUGCCAGGUCCACAAUAGGACCAAACUGCUGAACACAUUUCAGUCUUAAGUACAGAAGGUGAACUGCGAUUUACCAAGGCAGCAUAAUAGAUUAAAAUAUUUCACUGACCUUAAACCAAACAGGCUUUAUUGCCGUUCUGACACUUUAGAAACCAAGUCCAGCUUUUAUCCAGGACCUUAGGAAUGGUACUGGACGAAAUGUGUCUGCUAUAUGUCAAAAAAGUUGAGAGAGUUUUAAAAGUCAGGUCCUUCAAAACUUCCUUUGUGGUGAAAAGUUAUAGAAUUUUAAAAAGUUCCAAGUUCCUGCAAAUACCUUUUGAAGUCAAGUUCUAAACUCCUGUUGUAGCAUAUUAUUCCACAUUUUCUAGAGAGUAUACAGCAAUUUCUGUAAUGUUCUAGUGGCGAAUACUAGCAUUACAGAUGGACUUCACUACUGUAAGGCUUAUCAUUGUGGUUUAAAGUUGCAUGUUUCUUUAUUAUUUUGUUUUUUUUUUGCUGAUGGCAGGCCACAUUCUGAAUUUUUUUUUUGAAGAUUUUGAUUUUUUUGGUCAUUUUCUUACGUGAGUAGAUUCAUAUUGAAAUCAUUUUCUUACCAGAACUAGGUCGUAGUAAAAUCAUGUGAAAACAAUCAUAAAAUGACCAGUUACUAAGGCCAUAUUGUUACAAAAAUAAAGUCUUGGUGAACUUAUAUUAUGUGAAUAAAGUGGAGAUAAAGAUGCAGUUUUGGUUCACAGUGAGCAGCCAGCUGUCUGAAUCAAACUGAAUGAUAUUGAUCUUCUUUUAUUGUAUACUUUUUGCCAUCUCACUCCCACAGUGUUAUAAAUAUCAUGACCCUAAAAAGACUGUUAUAAAUAUCAGGAGCCCAAAAAGAUUGUUAAAAGUAAACAGGAGCCCCAAAAAAUGUAAAAGCUGAGAUUGCAUUAUGAGGCAAAUUAUUUACGGCAGUGGAUCCUCUUACCUCAGUCUGACAGCUGAUCCCUGAAAUAGGUCCUUUGCCCUUCAGAUUUGACGCAGGGCCUUAAACCUAGUCCAACAGUUUCAGCUCCUAAAUCAAACAGUGGGACUCUUUCAGGGACAGUAUAAUAACUCACCAAGCUCUCAUCUUCUUUCCAGGGUUGGAUGUAGCCAAUAAUCUUGUCUCUUUCUUUAUUUUGUGAGUUAGUGAGCAGUGGUCAUAGUUUGGUCAAUCCAUUUCAAACUGUAUUUUUUUUCACUCAAAGACAUUACAUUCUAUCAGUGACCAAUGACUUUUUCAGAAUAAUAGACCCUCCUGAUGGUGGAGACUAUGAAACAAUUUUUGAACUACUCGAUUACAUUACCCAACAUACUUUGGUCUUGAUUCACUUUGAAUUGCCUUGUGUAUGAAUGGUGUUAUACAAAUAAACCUGCCUUGAUCACCAAAUGUCUUAGUCAUGUCUUGGUUGCAGUUAGUGUGGUCUUUAUUACAUGAGUGUAUCUACCCUUCACAGCUUUAUUUCACUCUUCCUGGAAGUAAGCGCUCUGAAAAUAUUUGGACUACUCUAAUCAUACUUCAAAUGACUAUGUGAUAUGAUAGGCCUACAUAUACAGUGGAGCAAAAAAAGUGUUUGCCCCCUUCCUGAUUUCUGAUUUGUUUGCAUGUUUGCCACACAAAUGUAAAUAUUAGUCAAAGACAACACAAGUGAACACUAAAUUUUAAAUAAAGGUUUUAUUAUUAAGGGAGAAAAAAAUCCAAACCUACAUGGCCCUGUGUGGAUAAAAAUGAUUGUCCCCUAAACCUAAUACCUGGUUGGGCCACCCUCAGCAGCAACAACUGCAAUCAAGCAUUUGGGAUAACUUGCAAUGAGUCUCUUACAGCGCUGUGGAGGAAUUUUGGCCCACUAAUCUUUGCAGAAUUGUUGUAAUUCAGCCAAAUUGGAGGGUCUCGAGCAUGAACCGCCUUUUUCAGGCGAACUUUGACUCGGCCACUCCAAAGUCUGCAUUUUGUUUUUCUUCAGCCAUUCAGAGGUGGUCUUGCUGCUGUGUUUUGGACCAUUGAACCCAAGUUUGUUCCAGCUUGAGGUCAUGAACAGAGGCCCGGAUUUUUUGAUAGACAGCAGAAUUCAUGGUUCCAUUUAACACAGCAAGUCUUCCAGGUCCUGAAGCAGCAAACCAGCCCCAGACUAUCACACUACUACCACCACCAUAUUUUACUGUUGGUAUGAUUUUUUUUCUGAAAUGCAGCGUUACGUCAGAUGUAAUGGGACACACACCUUCCAAAAAGUUCAACUUUUGUUUCGUCAGACCACAGAGUAUUUUCCCAUAGGUCUUGGCGUAAUCAAGAUGUUUUCUGGCAAAAUUGAGAUGAGCCUUACUGUUCUUUAUGUUCAGCAGUGGUUUUCGUCUUGGAACUCUGCCAUGCAGAUCUGUUUUUGCCCAGUGUCUUUCUUAUGGUGGAGUCAUGAACACUGACCUUAGAUGAGGCAAGUGAGGCCUGCAGUUCUUUGGAUGUUGUUGUGGGGUCUUUUGUGACCUCUUGGAUAAGUCACUGCUACGCUCUUGGGGUAAUUUUGGUUGGCCGGCAAUUCCUGGGAAGGUUCACAACUGAUGCAUUUUUUCACCAUUUGUGGAUAAUGUCUCUCACUGUG